AUGGCCAAACAAUACGACGUGCUGUUCCGCCUGCUGCUGCUGGGAGAUUCUGGUGUGGGGAAGACCUGUUUGUUAUGCAGAUUUACAGAUAAUGAGUUUCACCCUUCUCACAUUUCCACUAUCGGAGUCGACUUUAAAAUGAAGACACUGGUCAUCGACGGCAUCAAAGUGCGGAUUCAGAUCUGGGACACAGCAGGACAGGAGCGGUACCAGACCAUCACCAAACAGUACUACAGACGAGCACAGGGAAUCUUCCUGGUGUAUGAUAUCACCAGUGAGCGAUCGUUUCAGCACAUCAUGAAGUGGGCAAGCGACGUGGACGAGUACGCGCCUCAGAAGGUGCAGAAGAUCCUGGUGGGAAACAAAGCAGAUGAGGAGAACAGGAGGCAGGUGGCCAUGGAGCAAGGCAGUAAGUUGGCCGAAGCAUACGGAAUGGACUUCUUUGAAACAAGUGCCUUCACCAGUCAGAAUAUUACAGAGACCUUCACCCGUUUGGCAGAGAGGGUUCUGACUGUGCACAAAAAGGACCUGGAUCUUCUUCAGACGUCUCUGACCAAUCAGCUGGACCUGACCGCUCUGGAGGAGGAGGAGGGUUUGUGUGGUCACAUGACUGAGGACCAUAAAACCUGCUGGUGCUAG